AUGGCGUCGGUGUACCACCGCAAGAUUACUAUUAGCGCGGGGGAGGAGUGCACUAUCACUGGCGAUGGCGCCGUUGAGCUGCAGCUGUUAUCAGGUGUGGUGGAGGUAGCUGGGGUGCUGCUCCCGGCAAGAGGAACCAGUGUCUUUUUUCUUGAACCGGAGACCCGCUGUGUCGUGCUGUACACGCUGGAGGGCGGCUCUGUCCAGGCCACCGCGACCGUGCCGUUUGAAACGGUAAAGACGGCCACCGGCAUGGCCGCUGUUGUGCAGCUGUGCCGCCGCACCCUGGCUGCAGAGCGUCGUACGAAGGUGCUGGUGAUCGGGCAGGCCCACAGCGGAAAGACGCUGACGGCACACACCAUUUGUAACCUGUUGCGGGAGGACGCGGCGGGGGAGUCCACCACCGCGCCCGCCGCGGCCGUCUUUUUGAUGGACCUCAAUCCUGAGUCAAACUGCGUCUACGCCCCCGGCUGCGUCUCAACAGUGCAGGUGGAGCAUGCGCUGUGGCCCGGCACCACGUCAGCGCCGACGCUGCUUCCCUUCUCCCUCUUUGUCGGGGAGGCCUCCUGCCCGUCGGCGGCGACCAUGGUUUCGUUCAUGUACUUUGUGGAGCAGCUGCAGGAGUGCACAGAGACGCUGCUCCACGCCGCAGCGCAUCACGAGCGCGUCCAUCUCGUCAUUGACGCCCCUGCGCCGGUAGCUGGCGUCAAGGAAAGCGUGUACUUCCGCAGGCUUAUCGAGCUGGUGCGUCCCACCCACGUUGUGACGGUCAGCGCCCGGGACGGCUCAGAGACGUGGUCGACGUUUCUGCAGGAGGACGUCCAGCGGGUGCUGCCUGACUGUGAGUUCUCGUAUGCCACGCCGGUGGUGCGACGGUGUGCCGGCUCGUUGCGCGAGCCACGGCUGCGGGAGUACUUUGCCGGCACUCCGCAGUUCCCGUUGGGCUGCGCCAAGGUCGUACUGCCGCUCGCACAGCUGCAGUUUGUCCAGUACGCGACCCCUGGCCUGGCAUCGGAGGCGGCGACAACAGUUGCGGUGGUGGUCUCCUGCCGCAAGGUGGCGGCGACCCCCGCGCUCGCCGGGUCGAUCUGCGCCCUCUCCCAUGCGGAGGUGAUAGAAGAGGUGCCGCUGGCCCCGGUGGCCGGGCUGCUGCUUGUAGUGGCGGUGGACGAGGAGCACGAGGAGCUGGUGACUAUUGUUCCCGUCUGCGAGGAUGUGCCGCGGCGCUUUGUGAUUGUGCCGAACGCGGUGACGGCGGCGGAACCGCCCACGCUAAGCGUGACGACCAUGGCGCCCAUUGAAGAGGCCGUCGCGGUGUGA